AUGUACCAGGUCUUGCUUGGUGUGUGCCUGGCAGCCUGUGUGCUACCAUCUGCGUCGGAUGAAGUUGCGCUCAAAGCAGAUGACCAGUGCGGGGACGGGCAAGUGUGUGCUCUCAACGCACUGCAGUCCAGAUCUCAGGUUCUUCCAAAAUCUGGCCUUCAGCCAGCUCCAGCUGAUCCACCCUUGGCAGCUGACAAAUCAUGGCCCGCUCAACCAGCUCCAGUUGACCCACCGGCAGCUGACAAAGCACUGCCGGCUCAACCGGCACUGCCAGCGCCGGCCAACACCUACCCAGUGAACGUGUCUGCCCUUCCUUGGGCAUCGGGAUCAUCGCUGAAUUCUCCAAGCGCAUCGCCUCUGCUCACCUUCUACAUGUACCGUGCAGUGUCAGAUGAAGUGUACCCACCUUUGAACACCAACAUGGCGAGCUUAGGUGGUGCUCUCUGGUAUCUGCACCAUGAGGUGGUCAUCCAGUCCCCCCGAAAGUUCGACAUCACGCGGAUCUUGCGCUACAAGGUGCAGAUGCGUGCCACGACGCCGCUGCUGCGCCUCGGAAUGCACUUCGGCGUGCGCCUGGCCUAUGACAAGGGACAGGCCACGGGACCUUUCGUCUGCGGGCGCAACGAAAUCAGAAGCAAAAGUGGGGCGAUUGACGGCUACAGCCCAAAGUUUUGUGGCGACGGCGGGUUCAGGAAGCAGUACCUCCCAGACCUGAAGCCUUACAAGGACGAGUAUGAGUAUGCCGCCUAUGGCUACAACGUCGGUUGCAACAAGUUGGGCGAGUAUCCGUUUCCAACGGACCCAGUGUACUAUCCGAACGCAGUCUGGUACACCAUGCCCGGCGCAUGCCCAAACAACUUGUACUACGACAAGGACAACUCCUGCCAAGCCAGCAACCCAGGUGGCUACUGCCCGGGCAUCGAGCCAAACGGCAAUGGCACCUGCACCUGGAACUAUGAGGAGGCAGGCGAGAUUAGCCUCGAUGAGCUGGUCGGCAUUAAGGACUACAACGCCUGGAGAUGGGGCCACAGGGAGUACGAUCCGGAAACGGAUGAAGGGGUCAAGUUCACUUGGUGGAAUGGCAUCAACAGCACUACGGCCAACGAGGCUCGCGUCAAGCAGGCCGCCGAGCUUUUCGACAGCAAGUAUCCAGACAUGCCGACGGUCGCCGAGCUCACGAAUCCCCCCUGCGACUUCGACUUCGGCCAUUUCUACAAGCAGUGGUACCGCAAGGACGGAUACAGCGGGCCGUGUGGACCUCCCAACGCCAAGUGCAAAGGUGGAAUGGGCUGGGUUCGCCACACGGGCCUCGUGAAGCAUCCCUCAUGGUACGUGCCCCUGACGACCUCUGCAAGUGACGAUGACAUCCAGCGCCUGCUGUAUCAGCUUGGAAAGAACGAGUGCCGGCGUCCCUGCGAGAUUGGGGAGGAGCCCACGAUCGUCAAGCCCAAGCCCAAGCCCCACACGCGGUACCGCUGA